AUGUCCACUCGACGUACGGAAGGGCGUGACCUCACGACGCGGAAUUCUGCACGAUCAGUCCCUCGAUGUCAUGAGUACCGCCCUGCACCUGCCGACGACUGCUUCAAUCGCGACGUCACCAUCUGCCUCCAGAAUCCACGAAUGUCCCUCAGGCAACGGUCACACACCACAACGGUUGCACCAAAAGUUAGACCUAGUGCAUUCCCUGAGGUGUUUGGUUUUUUGGUUUCCCAUUUAGGCUUCAACUCAGAUAGGUCUACUCGAGGAGCAUCAAAGCAGCGUCGAGACCAGAUCAAUGUGGAGAUUCAGCGACUGCGCGAUCUCCUGCCAUUGUCGGAGUCAAUCAAGGAUCGACUCUUCCAGCUGCAGGUUAUGUCACUUGGAUGUAUCUACAUCAGGAAGCAUCGCUAUCAAAAACACAUACUGAAAACAAUUGCGGAGAAUAGUAUACCGUUGCCGAAGGGACUUGAUGUAUGUAAAGCUUUGCGAGGAUUUCUAAUAAUGCUGAACAGAAGUGGAAAGCUCUUGCAUGUUUCGGAUAACGCUAGCGAAUAUCUUGGACAUUCCAUUGAAGAAAUUAUGUGUCAAGGCGAUUCCAUUUUCGAUCUCGUGGACCCUCGUGAUCAUCCCACAAUCCAAACUGAACUGAGCAGUGGUCCUCAACCGACGACGUCCUUCCCUGAAGAAAGAGUGUUUCUCUGUCGCCUGAACCUUGCCAGAACUGCCAAAAGGCAGUUACAAUACCACAAGUUCAUUCUUCUACAAGGGCGGUACAUCCAUCCAGCCGAGUACUUUCAGACAAUCGCCAACACCCCUGAAGCUGCACAACCAAUUUUCGCUGCCUAUUGCCAACCCGUGAUCAACCCCGAGAAUGCAGAAACGCUGUCCUCGGGUAACACGGAUGUGUUUACCAGCCAACACUACCUCGACAUGACGUUCAAAGAAGUUGAUCACAUGUGCGCUCAUCACCUCGGUUAUGGCAGAGAGGAUCUUAAAGGACAAAGCUGGUAUAAUCUUCUACAUCCUGCGCACAUUCCAGAGGUUGCAUAUAAGCAUAGACUUUUAUGUCAAGAAAAAGAGGGUUCCGUGCUGGCGCUCAUCAAAAUGAGGACAGCAAGCGACGAAUGGAUCUGGAUGCAUACCGUAUUCGCCGUGCGCGGAAAUCUCAGUCACGAACAACAGGACGGAAGACGUGUGCGGCAUGUGAUCCACUGCUAUUACCAAACACUAAGUGGCAUCGAAGCAGCUACGUUGCAAGCGAACUCUUGGAUUUACAAUAUGCGCCAUACCUAUCCUGCAGCGUUCCCGUGCCAAGAAUCGCCCACACCUGACCGACCUCUAUCACCUGUCUCUCCGUUCCCUGCGGAAACAUCAUUCCCACAGACAUUGGAACAGCUUGUCCCUUUCAUCAAGCAGGAGCCGUUCAACCCAAUGACGAUGGUUCCCCAUUACGGAAUAUCGUGCGGACAGAUAAAAGUCGAAAUUCCCAUGAAAACCAUGCCGCACAUUUCGAUGUUCACUCCCGAGAGCUCGUCACCGGAAUCAUCGGCAUCACUUACAUCUGCGCUCUUCUCACAGCCGUUCUUCUCCGGACAGAACACAACCGAAUCAACCACGAGUGCAGAUGAUUUCAACUGUAUUUUGCCGCUCACAAUCAAGGGAACAUUGCCAGACUUGCGUGAUGGACUCGACGACUUCUUUCGCGAGGUGGAACAACCUGCCGAGCGAAGUGCUCGAGCUGUUGCACCUGUGACAUCAACAGCGAAUGUUUCGCAUUCUCCCGAGCAAGCCACGGAACUGUUCAAGUAUCUGGGACCUGCUCUUUUUGGGCCCACUGCUCAGUCAAACGAGGGAGAAAGCAGCCCUCAUAUGGAUGUGCAUUGUAAUCGCAAGAGAAGCUGGGUAGUCUGAGUUUAUGGAACUGUACAAAGGUUCUAGGAAAGAAUUGCCCUUGAGCGGGCUUGGAAAACUAGAAUUUCUCCAACAAAAAAACAAAAAUCUAUCUACCAAAAAUUCCAUUCUUUUAGUUUUAGCACAUUUAGGACCUUCACCUUUCUCUCUUGAACGACUCCCACCAGUAGCGAAAGAUAAUCUUGCUCCUGCUUAUCUAGGUUACUAAAUACUAUAACUUCAAAGUUCGAAGCAGUUUCUCUU